AUGGAGUAUCUCAGCAGAAACCUGAGUGAACUAACUAAGGACAGGCAAUACAAAUUUCAUCCACUGUGUGCCAAACUAAAAAUAACUCAUCUUUCUUUUGCAGAUGAUUUAUUUCUUUUUGUCAAGGGAGAUAGGCAGUUUAUCCAAUUGCUUUAUGCUAAAUUCACUAUCUUUUCUCAAGCUUCAGGUUUACAAGUUAACUUGAGCAAAAGUAGUAUAUAUUUUGGAGGAGUUGACAACACCGAAUUGGGUAAUACUGAGCAAUUGCUUGGCAUAGAGCAUGGACAAUUGCCUUUCAAAUACUUGGGGAUCCCUUUAGUCACAAAGAAGCUAAGCAUCCUACAAUGGCAACCACUAAUUCAGAAGAUUGUGGCACGAAUUUCCUCAUGGAUUGCAAAAAAGCUAUCAUACAUAGGAAGGGUACAAUUGGUCAAAUCAGUCAUAUUUGGGAUCCAAUCCUAUUUGUCGCAACUAUUCCUCAUCCCAGCUAAGGUGAUCAAGACCAUAGAAGCAUAUUUUAGAAGUGAUAUAUGGUCUGGGACUAAUGAAAUAACCAAAAGAGCUUUGGUUUCAUGGAGUACAACAUGUUUGCCAAAAAUAGCUGGAGGAUUACACCUGUUUGAUCUCAAACUCUGGAACAAAACGGCAGUAGCAAAAAUGUGUUGGGAUCUUGCUUAUAAAUAG